AUGUCAACUCCAACCGAAUACUUGUGGCGUGGAGUGAGCGAGCUGCCCGAUUACAAGCAAACGUUUCCGCAUUGGACGAAAGAUCGCCUUGAAGAAGUGGUUGGAAAAUACAUGGAUGCCGAAGGCGUGGGAUUGCUGCGGGAAAUGCUGGCAUACGAUCCAGCGGAGCGUAUUUCAGCGAAAAGACUUCUCAAGCGUUCGUACUUCGAUGAUGUUGAUCGUAGCACUCUUCCGGCCGGCAAUUAUGAUGGUAGUACGAUGUAUAUUGCUGUCAGUGGUUUAUCGUAA